AAAACAGCAGAUAGGCAAUCCCCUCAGGAAUAAGUGAAUUCUCUCGUUUUUUCUUAUUCCGGAUUCCCGUCUCCAAAACCAAACACACACUUCAUUAUUCUUUCCCCGUCCUCUCUUUAUCUUCCUCCAGUCUCUCUAGGGUUUCAUUCUCUCUCUAACUCUAGCAGCGGCGGCCAUGGCGAACUACGACCUUACUCCUCGCAUCGCCCCGAAUCUGGACCGUCACCUGGUCUUCCCCAUACUCGAGUUCCUCCAGGAGCGCCAGCUGUACGCCGACGAAGACAUACUCAAGGCCAAGAUCGAGCUCCUCAACAACACCAACAUGGUCGACUACGCCAUGGACAUCCACAAGUCUCUCUACCACACCGAAGAGGUCCCUCAAGAGAUGGUGGAGAGGAGGGUGGAAGUGGUAGCAAGGUUGAAGGCACUAGAGGAGGCAGCUGCCCCGUUGGUUACUUUUUUACAGAAUCCAAAUGCGGUUGGGGAGUUGAGGGCUGAGAAGCAGUAUAAUCUUCAGAUGCUGAGUGAACGGUACCAGAUUGGUCCAGAGCAGAUAGAGGCAUUAUAUCAGUAUGCUAAGUUCCAGUUUGAAUGUGGGAACUAUUCUGGUGCAGCAGAUUAUUUGUAUCAGUAUAGGGGCUUGUGCACAAACAGUGAGAGGAGUCUGAGUGCAUUAUGGGGAAAGCUAGCAGCUGAGAUAUUGAUGCAGAACUGGGAUGUCGCUCUUGAAGAAUUGAACCGGCUGAAGGAAAUUAUUGACUCAAAGAGUUUUGCAUCUCCUCUGAAUCAAGUCCAAAGCAGAAUAUGGCUAAUGCAUUGGAGUCUUUACAUCUUUUUCAAUCAUGACAAUGGCAGAACGCAAAUUAUCGAUCUCUUCAAUCAGGACAAGUAUCUAAAUGCCAUCCAGACAAAUGCUCCUCAUCUUUUACGUUACCUAGCAACUUCCUUUAUUGUCAACAAAAGGAGAAGACCUCAAUUUAAAGAUUUUAUAAAGGUCAUCCAGCAAGAGCAGUAUUCCCAUGAAGAUCCCAUCACGGAGUUUUUGGCAUGUAUAUAUGUCAAUUAUGAUUUUGACGCGGCCCAAAAAAAGAUGAGAGAGUGCGAAGAAGUAAUAUUGAAUGACCCGUUCCUUGGCAAACGAGUGGAAGAAGGCAACUUUGUACCAUUGAGGGAUGAGUUCCUUGAAAAUGCACGUCUUUUUAUCUUUGAGACUUACUGCCGAAUACAUCAGCGCAUUGACAUGGGGGUGCUUGCAGAAAAACUAAAUUUGAACUAUGAUGAGGCUGAAAGAUGGAUUGUGAAUCUUAUUCGAACCUCGAAGCUAGAUGCUAAGAUUGAUUCAAAGUCGGGAACUGUUGUCAUGGAACCUAAUCAUCCUAAUGUGUAUGAGCAGCUUAUUGACCACACCAAAGCUAUGUCAGGACGCACUUACAAGCUAGUUAGUCAACUUCUAGAACAAGCUCAGGCACAACCUACUCGAUAGAUUUUGGCAGCACUUCUGUGCGCACCUUUCGGAUGGAGAUCCAAACACACAUCCCUUGGGGAAGAGGGCGGGUCUCGCUACGCGUGGGAUGGUGUGCAUGUAUCUUGUUUCUGUAGUUUCGGCAUUAAAACGAGAUUUCUAGAAAUCGCUUCUGUGGUGGGGGGCAGAGAGUCAAAUCUAGGGCUAGUCUCCUUUCUUUUCUUUUCUUUUUCUCUCUGCUGAGAGAUGGACCUUCUUUAUAUUAUUUGGACUUCUUCAGAUUUGGGGUUCUAUUGUAUGCUAAGCAAAUUGGAAUUUUUGCCCA